AUGACUCUCUCAACUACGGCCUCCCCGUCACCGGGGAAGACAGAGACAACGCUCCUUAACAACUCGGAUUCGCAUGACGAACGUCAUUACAACCACGAUCACCGCGUGAGGAGCACCGCCACUGGUGUCGGUCCGAUAACCGAGAUCUGGCGCACGGACCAACCAGCAGAAUCGCAUCAGCCAACGAGCAUCCACUCAAAGUCUCUCCAGGAAACGGCAGCGUCGCGGAAGCAACAGCAUCCGGCUCAGAGGGCGCCGACAAACGUCUUCCAGUGGCCGGGGAACACGCCCGAAAGCUUACGGAGUCCCCAAAACCAUCACAUUCGGCGAGGUCUGCGAGCGACCGUGCUCCAGCCUUCCCCAGGCUUCCAGGGGCAUGAAGAUCGAGAGCGUUGUCAGGACCCUUUUUCACAGCACGAAACUCGAUCGUCAGGUUUUGGCGCGCCAAGUCGUCGUGGCGCGCUAGGACUUUUGUGUCUCUCAAUGCCUCCCGUACGGGACCAUAACGCGCCUCGCGCCAAUCCGAGCCCUACCAAGCCGACAGGAGUGGUGAAACGCAGCCAUUUGGAGAACAAGGAACGUGCAUACGUCGCAGCCUCAAGACGCAGUGACCGCAGCCUUGAAGCCCGCCUCGAGUCCGCCCACCAAGCAUCCAACAUCCACUUCGAGCGCACCGGUCGCCGCCUCGUCGUCAACGCCGAUAUCGUCGAGCGAGAGGAGAUGUACGAGGAAGAAGAUCCCGCACACCAAUUACGUAUGAUGCGUGCUGGUAGCUUGCAAUAUCGUAACCUCGACAACAACAUUUUGGAUCUGCUGCAGCAGAGUGCUCUUGCAAGGGCACAUGCGCAGUGGAUGCCCACGACAUCUCUCCAUGGGCUGGUUCAACCUACGAUGCAGAUGUUCCAGAUGAAUCAAGGACAGCCCCACAGUCAGGAAAAUGGUCUCCAGUCUCCAGGCAGUUCUGCUGGAUCUGAUAUUUCGAGCUUUUCGCAGCAGAUGCCGUCACCCGCUCCCUUCACCCAGCAGUCGCAGUCACCGCAGCCGCAAGGUUUGCAGUUCGAUAGUAUCCGUUCACAGCAACAGGUGUCCAGCCCACAAAUACAGGGUGUCUCCCCUCAGCAGAUGCAAAAGACACCCAGUGCGCAACAGCCUCGGCCACCUCAGCCAACACCGAACUUCCAACAGCUACCUCAAACCACGGGUCUUUCAUCCUUCCGCAACUUCGAUGGGCAGCAGAUUUCUCAGCAUAAUCCCGGACUGUCGCCCGUGUCAGUGUCGUCAGAGUAUCAAGAACAGCAGAAGCAAUAUGAGUUCUUUCUUCGGCGACAAUCAGAACACAGGCAUGAGGCAUAUAUGCCACUGAGGCAGCAGCACCAGCAUCAGCAGCACCAAUGGGAGCAAUAUGGGCACGAGCAGCAGCCCCAGGAGCAGCGAAGACGACAAGAGCAACCAUAUGCGGACCCUUUCUCAGCGAACCUCAAAUCCGAAAACCUGGAGAUCGAAGAGCCAGCACCUUUCACGAAGCCCCAGCAACCCUACAUCACCACCUUGCAGGAUAAGCUUGUCGAAGUUCAACAAGUCGAUCAAGUACAGGCCCCUCUUCCCUUCGAAUCUCCACUGUUCGCAAACCUCAAUCUACUUGAGUUUGAGACCCAGCAGCCCAGUCUGUCUGAUGAUGCGGUCAAGAAUCUACUGGAUGAGUAUGACUGGAGUCGUCAGGAAUUUGGGGCGGUGGAGACGUAUGCUUGA